AGGAAAUGGGUCAAGCGUAUUUAGAACCACCCCAAUUUAAUUUACAAGAAUCUUACAACGAUAGUAACUGUUGUACUCCAUUGGUAUUUAUAUUAUCAGCGGGAUCGGAUCCGAUGGCCGGUUUAAUUCGCUUCGCCGCGGAUAAAGGAAUACCGAAAACGGCCUUAUUAACAAUUUCCCUUGGACAAGGACAGGGUCCUAUAGCUGCUGGAAUGAUAAAUCGAGCUUUAGUAACUGGUCAAUGGGUCGUGUUACAAAAUUGUCACUUGGCAGAGAGUUGGAUGCGCGAAUUAGAUCGAAUUACUGAUGAAGUUAUCGUACCGGACGUGACGAAUGUGUUAUUCCGCUUAUGGUUGACUAGUUACCCAAGUCGCGCAUUUCCCGUUUCGAUUCUACAAAACGGUGUUAAAAUGACAAACGAAGCACCGAAAGGUCUUCGACAAAAUUUGCUCCGUUCUUACUUGAACGAUCCAAUUUCGGACUCCACGUUUUACAACGCGUGUCCUAGAUGGCGCGAAUGGCAAAUGUUAUUAUUCAGUUUGUGCUUUUUCCACGCUUUAGUUCAAGAACGAAAAAAGUUUGGUCCUUUAGGUUGGAACAUUCCUUACGAAUUUAACGAAUCCGAUUUGAGAAUUUGCAUACUUCAAUUACAAAUGUUUUUGACUGAUUACAAAGACGUUCCAUUUGAGGCGCUUACUUAUUUAACCGGCGAAUGCAAUUACGGCGGACGAGUCACCGAUGAUAAAGAUCGAAGAUUAUUAAAUUCUUUAUUAUCAAUGUUCUAUGCACCCGAAGUAAUUAUAGAAAAGGAUUACAAAUUUUCUGAAAGCGGGACUUAUUUUGUACCCGAAGAUACAUCUUAUGAGGGGUGCAUCAAAUACAUUAAAACUAUGCCUUUAAUUCCCCAACCGGAAGUUUAUGGUUUACACGAAAACGCUGAUAUAACUAAAGAUAAUCAAGAAACAUUGAUGUUAUUGCACGGGAUUUUAUUGACACAACCUCAAAUUACUUCCGGCGGCGGCGGAGAAGGCGAAGACGAAGCUGUUAUUGAAUUAUCAAAAAAUAUUAACUCAAAAAUUCCUCAACAAUUCAACAUGGAGGAAGUAUGCAAACAAUAUCCGGUUAUGUACACGAAUUCUAUGAACACCGUUUUAAGACAAGAAUUAAUUCGGUUCAAUCGCUUAACUUCGGUUAUAAAGAGAACUUUAACCGACGUUGCCAAAGCGAUAAAAGGCCUUGUUGUAAUGUCAUCGGAAUUAGAAAACGUUUAUUUGGCAUUAAUGGUUGGAAAAGUCCCGGAAGCGUGGUUAAGCAAAAGUUAUCCGAGUUUAAAACCUUUGGGGUCAUAUAUAAAUGAUUUUAUAAGAAGAUUAGAUUUUUUGCAAGCUUGGAUUGAUAAUAACGCUCCAUCGGUAUUUUGGCUGUCAGGGUUUUAUUUCACCCAAUCCUUUUUAACUGGCGUUCUACAAAAUUAUGCGAGAAAACAAAAAUUACCCAUCGAUUUUGUGUUGUUUGAGUUUUAUGUAACGAAAUAUGAAACCGAUGCUCCACUUCCGGCGUUGGGUGUUCAUUGUUACGUAAGUAAAAGAAUUUUUUUUUUUAAAUAUAAGAAAUAAUGUUGAAUUUGAGGUCGGUAGAAUCUAAAAGUACUGCUACAUUCUUUACAAACAACACAACACAAAACUGAUAAAAUAAGUUUAGAGUAGUAAGACACUUCGCCGAGGUCGCUUGCGGGCGAGGUCUAAAACUGACGAUUGAGUGUUAAUAUAUCAAAUCCAGCGCCUCGCCCCCAAGCGACCUUGACGAUUUGAAGCGAAAUCGUUCCUUUUAAUAAUAAUAAUAAUAAAUAUCUUUAUCUACAACUAUUGAAUUAUCUAUUCGUUAUACAAUUGAUUUUUGACGGGUAAUGACACUCAUUACCCAUGACAGA